AUGGAAUCACUGAAAGGGAAAACGCGAGGAGAGGACUUAUAUGAACAGGUGUCUGCUGUCAUCGAGAGAAUGAAGCUACCUUGGAGUAAACUUGCCAAUGUCACCACGGAUGGAUCGUCAAAUUUAACUGGAAAAAACAUCGGGCUGCUGAAAAGAAUCCAGGAUAAAGUGAAAGAAAACCCUGACCAGGAUGUUAUUUUACUUCACUGCAUCAUUCAUCAGGAGUCUCUGUGUAAGUCUGUAUUGCAGCUUAAUCACGUCGUGGAUCCAGUUGUAAAACUUGUCAACUUCAUACGAGCAAGGGGACUUAAUCAUCGUCAGUUCAUUACGUUCCUGGAAGAAACUAAUGCGGAUCACCAGGACCUACUUUACCACUCUCGCGUCCGCUGGUUAAGUUUGGGGAAAGUGUUUCAACGAGUCUGGGAGCUCAAAGAUGAGAUUCGCUCAUUUUUUAAUUUAAUGGGGAAAUCCGAUGAAUUCCCCGAGCUGAGCGACACAAACUGGCUUUGUGACUUUGCGUUUGCUGUGGACAUAUUUUCACACAUGAAUGAGCUGAACGUGAAGCUACAGGGGAAAGAUCAGUUUGCGCACGACAUGUACACAAAUGUGAGAGCCUUCAAAUCCAAGCUGGUUUUAUUCUCCAGGCAAAUGUCAAACAAAUCUUUCGCACAUUUCCCCACACUAGCCGUGCAGAAAGAGGCCGCCCGAAAUGCGAAGAAAUACUGCAAAUCACUGGACGAUCUGCACAGAGAAUUUUGCCGUCGGUUCUGUGAUUUUGAAAACCACAGGAGCUGCAAUUGGAACUGAUCGAUCUUCAGUCUGACUCCGUCUCAAAGGAGAAGUUCAAGUCUCUUAAACUGAAUGACUUUUACGCUUCACUUAACGAGACCGCGUUUCCAAACCUCCGGAGGACGGCGCAGAAGAUGCUGGUGUUGUUUGGCUCGACCUACUUGUGUGAGCAGACGUUUAGCGUCAUGAAAAUCAACAAAGCCCAUCACAGAUCCAAGUUAACUGACCAACACCUCAGAUCUGUCCUGAGAAUUGCCACAACAAAACUAACUCCAGACUUUGAUGCACUGGCAAAAAAGGGAGACCAACAACACUGUUCCCACUGAAAUGGUGAGUUUUUCUGCUGUGUUAUGAAAAAAUGCAUAUGGAAAGUUUGGAAGUGCGUCUUUUAUUUAAGAGCAAUGCGCAUUUACGCACA